AUGUCUCCGAGCCAGUGCUUGGAACCGCCAGGAGGGCGCGGCGUGUUUUGCGAUGCCCUGUCCGAAGAUUUGGCAGAUGGGCGCUCCCUGGACGUUUCCUUCGCCACCUUCACCCGUUUGAACUUCACCAGCUGGGUGACCAAGUACUCGUCGGGCGACCAGAAGCCUCGCUUGGACUCUCUCCUGACGCAGAGUGCCCGCCGCGAGGGAAGCAUCAGCUCACGAAAUCUGGUCCGCAGCUUCGUUGAAGGUAUUGCCGCCAGUUACAACGGCAAUUUAAAGUCCAUGCUCGCCUUCUGCAGCGAUGAGUUCCAGGAGGACAAGUCUGGUGGCAUCUUCGGAAGAUUGACGGAGAGGCAGGUUGGAGGAGUUCCCGUGCCGAACCCGAAGAAGGCGUUCAUCGGGCGCAGCUUGAUCCUGCCCGGAGGAUCUGGGGAAGGCAUCCGCAUCUGCUUCGUCAGCUGUCACUUCCCCAUCACGCAGAUAGCUGCAGCGCUGGAGGACCCUUUACAGGACCCGCUGGAAGCAGCGAAGGUCGCAUUGGCAAAGACCUUGCGCAAGGUGCUGCGCAAAGCUCACCAGAGGAGCCUCACCGACGAGCGAACGAUCAUCUUCGUGCAAGGGGACAUCAAUAGCCGGACCGUGCUCCGGGAGGGCGAGGUCAAUGAUGUCUUGUUGGAGCUGCUGGAAGACGAGUCGCUGCAGUCGGCAAUUCAGCAGCAGUUGGAAGAUUUGCCUGCCGGGCGAUGGCGUGAAGCCGUGUCGCACGACAGCGUGCAUGAGCUACCUGUAACUUACAAAUUCAGCAACAAGAAGGUGUGCCAGACUGGCAACAGUCCCGCACGCCGGCGUGAGCGUGCGGAGCAGUCCCCCAAAAGUGAGGAUUCAGGCUCAGACCGCGAGCAUUAUCUCACCAUAGGUGAUGUGAUGUCCAAGGCGCGACUGCGAGCCGAUUCUGUUCCGGACUUGAGCAAGGUUCAGACCACGAAGACGACCUCCACAACGACAAGCAAGCGCGCAGAAGGCGGUCUUUACAAGAGGACCUUGGCGACUCUGGGACAGGAGUGGCUGGACAACUGGGGGGUAGCCUUCAAGCAGAAGGACUUCCGAUCUUUCAGGUUUCCCUCGUGUGCUGACCGGGUGAUCUACUGGGCCUCGGAUGCGCUGUAUGAUCGUAUGAGCUGGGAGCUGCCGAGGGGCGGCUACGAGGUCAACCACUCGCAACUGGGAAGUGACCAUCGCCCUGUCAGCUUGGAGGUCAUCUUGAGAAUCUCCGAGGACCCUAUCCGAGAGUCCAAGACCCUGAAGCCAGCGCGCAGCUACAUGACGGAGGGCUUCCUCUCGGAGCCUGAAGAUCCCAUGUCAGAGGUGGAGGAGGAUGGCUUGGAAUCCUGCGAGGCCACACCCAGGACAGUCGCAUCGUCGCCGCCCGCAUUCGGAGAAGCGCGGUCGCCCAGUCGCCGCCGCUCGGAGUCGGAUGCCAGCGUGUUCUCCAGCCGGAUCAAGAUUCCUGAGCAAAGCAUCUGCCUUGCCAAAGGGCAAGCUGCAGAAACUUUGGGACAAGUCGACGGCUGCCAAGUGGUCGUCCGGCUUGGGAGGCUGCUGAGCUCUGCUGAACGGACUAUCACUCCCAACCCUUUAAGUCACCACUCCUCCACGAGAAGCUCGUUCUCAGAAGCCCUCGAGCCCGUGAAAUCCAUGCAGGAUCGCUGGAUGGCGAGCCAGCUGUGUAUCAAGAUCAUAAUGGUAUAUCUGCUGUCCACUUGCUACUUCGUGCGAGUGCCAGUGGCUACACAACGCCCCGGUACCACAGGCUUGCAACUUUUAUCAACUUUUGAUGACCGCAGACACAUGAACACAAAGAAGGGCGUACUCUUGGCCGCACUGGCGAAGGUGGGUUAUUUCGAGAUGAUGAGCUUACCAAUCUGCCUCGUGCGCAGCCUAUUUUCCUGCGUUUGGUUGCCAGCGAGGCAUAGUAAAUCUCCGGUUCGGCCUUUGUAA